GCCAGCAGACGUACAGAGAAGUCAGCCUCCAGAUCCCAGACGAUGGAAUGUAUGAAAAGCUCCCUUCAGACUCUGCUGGCGGUGGAUUCAGACAACGUGAAGGCUUGGCUAAAGGAUUUCUGCAAGCGCAAUGGCCUCUUAACACUCUCCGUGCUUUCAGUGGUGGUGGGAUGCUUGCUGGGAUUCUUGUUGAGGGAUAUGAACUUUUCAGACCAGGCCAAAAUCUAUUUCUCCUUUCCUGGGGAGCUUCUUAUGAGGAUGCUGAAAAUGUUGAUACUGCCUCUUAUCACAUCAAGCUUGAUGUCUGGCCUCUCAGCCAUGGACUCCAAGGUCUGUGGAAAGAUGGGUCUGAUCACAAUCACCUACUACCUGUGGACCACCUUCAUGGCCGUGAUUGUGGGGAUAGUCCUGGUCUCAAUCAUCCACCCCGGGGCCGAUGCUAAGACAGACGUGGAGCGAGUCAGCGGAGGGCCUGUCAUCACUUCAGCGGAUGCCUUACUGGAUUUAAUUAGGAAUAUGAUUCCUUCUAAUCUCAUUGAAGCUACAUUCCAGCAGUAUCGGACACAGCUGAUUCCAGUCGUUCAGCCGGUGACCUCCGGGAAAACCCCUGAUUUUGUGUACCUCGUGCCAGACGAGAAGGACCCGACACUCAGCAAGCCUGUGUUCCUGGAGCUCACCCCGGCUCCCAAUGUCAUCUACAAGCCACUGCCGGGGAGCAGCAAGGAGAUGAACGUGCUGGGGAUUGUCAUCUUCUCUGCCACUAUAGGCCUGUUGCUAGGGACGAUGGGGGAAAGAGGGACUCCGAUGGUAAACGUGUGCCAAUGUGUGAACGAGUGCGUCAUGAAGAUUAUUUCAGCUGCAGUCUGGUAUUUUCCCUUGGGGAUCGUAUUCCUGGUGGCUGGAAAGAUCCUUGAGAUGAGAGACCCGUCUCUGAUUGGGAAGAAGCUGGGGAUGUAUGCUGUCACGGUGGUGUCUGGGCUACUCCUCCAUGGCACAGUCAUCCUGCCCCUGCUCUACCUCUUCAUCACAAGGAAGAACCCUAUCCCGUAUGUGCGAGGGCUGCUGCAGGCGCUGGUCAUAGCACUGGCCACCUCCUCAAGCUCUGCCACACUGCCCAUCACCAUGAAGUGUCUUCUGGAGAACAACGGCAUCGACCGCAGGAUUGCCCGCUUCGUCCUGCCCAUGGGCGCCACCAUCAACAUGGACGGCACUGCACUGUAUGAAGCAGUCGCUGCCAUCUUCAUUGCACAAGUGAACGAGUAUGAGCUGGACUUCGGACAGCUCAUCACUAUCAGUAUCACAGCAACAGCCGCCAGCAUUGGAGCAGCUGGAAUACCACAAGCAGGCCUUGUUACCAUGGUGAUUGUUCUUACAUCUGUAGGCCUUCCUGCUGAUGACAUCACACUCAUUGUGGCAGCAGACUGGGCCUUAGACCGGUUCAGAACCAUGGUUAAUGUCCUGGGCGAUGCUCUUGCAGCUGGCAUCAUUGCCCACCUCUGUCGGAAGGACCUUUUGCCUAGUGACAAGGAUAUCCUUAUCAGCAAAAUUCAGAACCUCCCGGCUUCAGAGAUCCCACUUCUAGCCAGAAAAGACCGUGUGUUUGAAGUCCUGGGAGACGUAGUAACAGAGAAGCCAGCUGUUUACUACAACAUCGCACAAGUCUGAUCAUUACAGAUGAAAACACAGCUGUUUACAACAUCACACAAGUCUGAUCAUUACAGAUGAAAACACAGCUGUUUACAACAUCACACAAGUCUGAUCAUUACAGAUGAAAACACAGCUGUUUACAACAUCGCACAAGUCUGAUCAUUACAGAUGAAAACACAGCUGUUUACAACAUCACACAAGUCUGAUCAUUACAGAUGAAAACACAGCUGUUUACAACAUCACACAAGUCUGAUCAUUACAGAUGAAAACACAGCUGUUUACAACAUCGCACAAGUCUGAUCAUUACAGAUGAAAACACAGCUGUUUACAACAUCACACAAGUCUGAUCAUUACAGAUGAAAACACAGCUGGUUACAACAUCGCACAAGUCUGAUCAUUACAGAUGAAAACACAGCUGUUUACAACAUCGCACAAGUCUGAUCAUUACAGAUGAAAACACAGCUGUUUACAACAUCACACAAGUCUGAUCAUUACAGAUGAAAACACAGCUGUUUACAACAUCACACAAGUCUGAUCAUUACAGAUGAAAACACAGCUGUUUACAACAUCGCACAAGUCUGAUCAUUACAGAUGAAAACACAGCUGUUUACAACAUCGCACAAGUCUGAUCAUUACAGAUGAAAACACAGCUGUUUACAACAUCACACAAGUCUGAUCAUUACAGAUGAAAACACAGCUGUUUACAACAUCGCACAAGUCUGAUCAUUACAGAUGAAAACACUGACAUUGGGGUUUUCCUCCAUGUUUGUGCUUUGACUCACAACAAGCUUUUUUCUUCAAAGCCUGUGCUGUUUGCUUUUUAUGCAUCCAUUGUAUAAAAACUACAUGAAGGACUAGAGAUACACCUCACUUCCAGGGGGUCACUGUGCACCCCACUCACUACAGAGACCACUCUCUCUGUCAAGCUCCAUAUUAACACUUCCAAAUAUAUAUUUGUAUCAGUGUGUGUAUUUAUUUAUAUUUAUACAAGAUUGAGUGAUCUAUGUAAGUAAAUCUUUCUGUUUACUGAAUCUGUCUGCCAUUCAUUCUAAAUCAAUGACAGAAUGGCCGGGGGAAUUGCUCUGUUCCAAAUUACAGAGCUUGAUUAAGAAAGUAAAUAUCCCAAUUCAACUGUUUGAUUCAGGUUGAAGCACACUUCUUUUCAUUCAUUGUACUUGUUAUAUAAACAGAAUAUUGC